GUCAAACAAAGAGAACUUUUGAAACCCUACAAGCAAAAUACAAAUUAUGAAUUAAAAAAAAAAGAUUUGAUAAACGGAUUCCCUACCAAUAUAUCAAAAUUCAAAACAACUCCUGCCAAUUGACAUCAAACACAUGGUAAAUCCCAGAUGAGCGAACAGGACUUUUCAUAUAGGAGACUUUUGCCGACGUGCAGGGUGAUCGUCUCCAUAAUGGCCUUCGUAUCCUGUGUAUCGGGCGUGGUUGCCGGCUACCUUUUCAUGACCAGUUUGUCAGGCGUCUCUGAGGCGGUAAAGAUUGUAUGGACCACCGGAUCGGCCCUCUAUGCAUUUUCCUCGCUCCUGUUGAUUAUUGCAGUUUGGAAGUUGAUUAAAUGGCUGGCCUAUCCAUACAUGUGCAUGCUGCUCAUGGCCAUUGCCGUCUACACGAUGAUCCUGCAGUGGUUAUUGAAGAACCUAGCGGCUGCCGUUUUCUCAUCCGUGGCCAUCAGCUUUAUUUUCCUUGGAGUGACGUUGAACAUGACCAAAAACCUGGAUGACCUACGCAUAGCUCCGUAAAGCAGUACAAAUUGUACUCGGUUAGUAUUGGAUUUGUAUUCUAAAUUUAUAGUGUAGUUAUCAUG